AUGAUUCUGACGUCUUCAUGGCUCGCUCCCCAGGCCAACAAUAAUACGGCCGACAAGCCCUUUUCGGAUCAUUUCAAGGGCGGAGAGAUUGAUGUUCAGGACAUGCGCACAACAAGAAACAUCCCGGUCAAGAUGCCCGUCGAAGCCGUUGUCAAGCAGAUUCGGAGCGGAACCGACUUUGCAAACGGGCGAUUCCCGCUCAACCUGCUCAAUUUGAAGUUCCUAGGACAAGCGCCCCCAGGCCCCGCGUUUCUGAAUGCUCGUCGUUUCAGCCUCAUCCCGGCCAUCAACUCACGCCUAGAGGCGGACUGGACCGGGGAGGUCACCGCCGGGAAGCGGACUCAGGCCACUAUGCUUGGAGCUAGGGAAAUAGACCUCGUCAGCUCCAUGACGUUCUCCCUCUUUGCCCAACGAGGCUCCAUGACCGGCUUUCACGUCGAUGUCCCCGACGGCACCUGGAUUCGUAAUUGUUGGGGGCUCAAGGUGUGGAUUUUCCCAGAAGACUUCCGCGAAUCUGACACGGCCGAGUUCCGAGAACUGGGCCACGACUGGGUCCCCAGUGCGGUUAGGUUUAUUGUCCUCGAGCCAGGCGACACUCUUGUGAUGCCCGCGGGUCGGGCGACCCCUCAUGCUGUCCUUACUCUCGAAGAUUCCCACAUGGUUGGUGGUAUGUUUCUCGAUGCCGACUGUGUCCUCGGCACUAUCCGGAAGUUGCUUUGGGUGACAGAGAACCCGAAUGCUGCGAACGAGGCUAUUCCGCUCCAGCUGCUCACUGGAUGGCAUCAUCUGCGGGAUCUUUUCCUGGCCAGGGGCCCCUCCGAGGGCGAUGUAACCGAAUUCGACAGUCUGACCAACAGGCUUCGAGAUGCACUGAGUUGCUCGUGCACAGGGCCAUGCGAAAAGCUGCUCGAAGAGAAACCGCUUGGAAGGAGCUUUCUGCCCUGGAGUCCCAGUUUAGCACUUUCAGAGAAUGCUUGGUCCAGGACAGGCCAGACAUUGCUGCUCGACUGUUUCAAUCAGCUCAGCAGUCAUCUCCAGAGAUUCUAA